ACGCUGCGCCAACGUCACCCACCUGCGACACGUCCUUGCGUCAGACGUUUGCGUGGCGUGUCACCACCCUAGGGGAGGGGGCGGGGCCUACGUGAGUGGAGGCCGCCGCCACUGGCUGCGCCGGUCCGGAGUGCCGGACCCAUGAGAUUGAUGGCGGCGGAAAUCAAAACCCUGCCUUUGGAGAACGCGUCCAUCCUGUCCGAGGGCUCUCUGCAGGAGGGCCAUCGGCUGUGGAUCGGGAACUUGGACCCGAAGAUAACGGAAUACCAUCUCCUCAAACUCCUUCAGAAAUUUGGCAAAGUAAAGCAAUUUGACUUUCUGUUCCAUAAGUCAGGUGCAUUGGAGGGGCAGCCCAGAGGAUACUGUUUUGUGAAUUUUGAAACCAAGCAGGAAGCAGAACAAGCAAUCCAGUGUCUCAAUGGUAAGCUCGCCCUCUCCAAGAAGCUGGUGGUGCGAUGGGCACACGCGCAGGUAAAGAGAUAUGAUCAUAAUAAAAAUGAAAAAAUUCUUCCAAUCAGUCUUGAACCGUCUUCCAGCACUGAGCCAACCCAGUCUCACCUAAGUGUCAGUGCAAAAAUAAAAGCCAUUGAAGCCAAGCUGAAAAUGAUGGCAGAGAAUCCAGAUGCGGAAUAUCCAGCACCACCAGCUUAUUCCUACUUCAAACCACCCGAUAAAAAAAGGAUUACUCCUUACUCCAGAACGGCCUGGAAACUUAGAAGAUGAUGAUUAUGAAUGGAUAAUGGUAGCAAGAAAGACUGUUUUAUACACCUUUGAAAUCCUCCAGUGCUUUUGUACUUUGUAGAUUGUGCUCAGCUGGCACUGUCCUUCCCAAUCUCACUGUAUACGCUACAGUGUUUUAUAACAUAACAUUUUACAUUUUCUGAUAACUGUCAGUGUAUGCACAGAAUUGAAUGCUGUCCAGAAAAAAUAAGGUUCUAUCCAAAUCUUGUGACUAACAUUUAGACAAUCCAUGUUGCUAGUCUGGUUUCAUUAGUAAGACCAGAAACAUUAGCCAGUAUGCAGAUAGAAAAGCAAAAACAAGGAAUUUUCCAUUUUAAUUCUGAGUGUUAAAUUUAAGAAAGUACCAUUUUUUUUCCCCCUUCAAACAUAGGAA